UUGGCACAGACGCUGUCCGACCACACUGUCAUUUUCCUCGUAACAAAAAGCCAACCACGAAUUAAUUUUCCUAAAUUUAAUCGAAACGCGCUGCGAAAAACCCUCAAAUAAUGCGAAAAACCGCCAGCGGAAAGUGUAGUUCAGUGCAAUAGAGUGCAACGAGUGGAAAUAAAGUGAGAGAGAAAGCCAGGCAGAGAUUUGUCAACAAAAAAAGGAGAAAAAAAAUGAAAGAAAUAAGUGCCGUGUGUUCGAAACGCUAAAAAGGGAAGAACAAAGAGUCAAAUCGUUGGAAAACGCGCAGAAAACCCUGGGCCCGAAGAUCCAAGUUCGAAUCGUGUGUAGGAUUAAUUAAUAUUCCGAAAGAGGCCUCAAAUCAAAUUAAAAAUCAACUAAUAUUUUGAUAUUCAAAUAUUCAAAUGAAAUUCAUUCAUCGCCUGGGACUUUGUUCGACUAUUCUGCCAACUAUUUUCGGAUUUGAAUUGUGUAUGAGGUCGGGGCAGAAUCUGUGAUAAAACAGACAAAAAAAAAAAUAACAAACAAAAAUAAAAAAUAAAUAAGUAAGAAAAAUAAAAUGUGAAGAGAAGUAUUUACAUGCAAAAUGAAUGUUGGGCGAGAGAUGUUUUUUGUUAUAAUGCAAAUGUGAAGUGGAAGAAGAAUUCUCCGCCCGAGUGAUAAAUAAUCCGACAAAAAAAUACAAAAAAAGGGGGGUUAGCAGAAGCGGAGGGGUCGAACACGAGCACCAGCCAGCAGUGCAAACACAUUUAUCUUUAUUGAGAGCAACAAUAUCAAGAUCGAGAUAAUAAAGCAUCGUAAACCGUAAACCGUAAACCUAAAACUAAAUAUUCACAUAAUUGAAAUGCAAAUUCGUCUGAAAAAUAAAAAGUGCCUUCUAAAAACGAAUAAUAUUUAAUUGAAAAAUCUCUGUGCGUGUUCGAGAGGGAGCCUUGGGAGCCAGCAUUUUGUGAUAUGAGUGCUAAAUAUCACGGUCCCACGAAGCAGCAGCAUGCAUCCAGCGGGCGAAAAAAGGGGCGGUCGCCCCAAUGAUAAAUACACGGCGGAAGCCCUCGAGAGCAUCAAGCAGGACCUCAACCGCUUCGAAGUACAAAAUAACCAUAGGAAUAAUCAGAACUACACAGCUCUGCGAUACACUGCGGCCAAUGGACGCAACGAUGCACUUACUCCGGACUACCACCAUGCCAAGCCGCCGAUGGAGCCCCCACCGUCGGCGUCACCCUCCCCCGACGUGGUGGUGCCCCCGCCCCCAGCGAUCGUAGGCCAACCGGGGGUGGACAGGGGGGUCGGUCAUGUGCCAAAGAUGAUUACGGCUCUGAUGCCGAACAAGCUGAUCCGGAAGCCGAGUGUCGAGCGGGACACGGCCAGUAGUCAUUAUAUGAGAUGCAGUCCGGCCUUGGACUCCGGGGCCGGGAGCUCUCGAUCGGAUUCGCCGCACUCGCACUCCCACUCCGCCCUCACCCACGCCCACCAGCCCAGCUCCAGGCCCGGAGCCGGCACUCCCGGCGGAAAUGGUGGCUUCUCCCCCUCCCCGAGUGGGUUCAGUGAAGUUGCCCCGCCGGCGCCGCCGCCAAGGAAUCCCACCGUGUCUAGUGCGGCCACGCCCCCGCCUCCGGUGCCUCCCGCCAGCCAGGCGUACGUGAAGCGUCGCUCCCCGGCCCUGAACCGCCCGCCAGCGAUAGCACCACCCACCCAGCGGGGCACGUCGCCGGUAAUCACCCAGAACGGGAUCAAGAACCAGCAGCAGCUCACCCAGCAGAUGAAGGCCCUCAACCUUUAUCCUGGCGGAGCAAGUGGUGCUGUGGCGGCGGAGCCCCCGCCACCGUAUCUCAUCCAGCCUGGCGUGGCCCAGCCCCCGCCGCCGCCCAGCUACACGGCCUCCAUGCAGUCCCGACAGUCGCCGACGCAGUCCCAGCAAUCGGACUACCGCAAGUCGCCGAGUAGUGGCAUCUACUCGGCCACCUCGGCGGGAUCACCGAGUCCCAUCACCGUGAGCAUGCCGCCCGCGCCGCUGGCGAAGCCGCAGCCCCGGGCCUACCAGGCCAGGACCCAGCAGCCGAUCAUCAUGCAGAGCGUGAAGAGCACGCAGGUGCAGAAGCCGGUGCUGCAAACGGCGGUGGCGCCCCAGUCCCCCUCGAGUGCCUCGGCGAGCAACUCGCCGGUGCACAUCCUGGCCGCCCCGCCCUCCUACCCGCAGAAGUCGGCGGCAGUGAUGCAGCAGCAGCAACAGGCAGCCGCAGCGGCGCAUCAACUGCAGCAGCACCAGCUGCAGUCGAAGCCACCCACGCCCACCACACCACCUCUGCUCACGGGAGGCAGUAUUUCAGGACUCACUAGCAAAUCCACCUGCCUGGAGCCACCUUCCUACGCCAAAAGCAUGCAGGCCAAAGCGGCCACUGUGCAACAGGUGCAGCAGCAACAGCAGCAGCUACAGGCCCUCCGAGCUCUGCAGAACCAGCGGGAGCGGGAGCAGCGGGAGCUGAGGGAGAGGGAGCAGCAGAAGCUAACGAAUGGUAACCCCAGCCGGCAGCUGCCACCCCCGCCACCCUAUCAGAGCAACAACAACAACAAUUCCGAUGCAAAACCACCCAGCAAUCACAACAACAACAACAAUAACAAUAUCCAGAUCAGCAACAGCAAUCUGGCCACCACUCCUCCGAUACCACCGGCCAAGAACAGUUCCGCGAGUACGGGAGCCAACAGUUCCGGGGGGAGCAACGGCUCCGCCAGCACCACCGCCUCGUCCACGGCCUGCAAGAAGAUCAAACACGCCUCGCCCAUACCUGAGCGGAAGAAGAUAUCCAAGGAGAAGGAGGAGGAGCGCAAGGAGUUCCGCCUCCGGCAGUACUCGCCGCAGGCCUUCAAGUUCUACAUGGAGCAGCACAUCGAGAACGUCAUCAAAUCCUACCGGCAGCGCACCUACCGCAAGAACCAGCUGGAGAAGGAAAUGCUGAAGGUGGGCCUGCCCGACCAGACCCAGAUCGAGAUGCGGAAGAUGCUGAACCAGAAGGAGAGCAACUACAUCCGCCUGAAGCGGGCCAAGAUGGACAAGAGCAUGUUUGUCAAGUUGAAGCCGAUCGGAGUGGGCGCCUUCGGGGAGGUGACCCUGGUGCGGAAGAUCGACACCUCCAACCACCUGUACGCGAUGAAGACCCUGCGGAAGGCCGAUGUCCUCAAGCGCAACCAGGUGGCCCACGUGAAAGCCGAAAGAGACAUCCUGGCAGAGGCUGACAACUGCUGGGUGGUGAAGCUCUACUACAGCUUCCAGGACAAGGAUAACCUUUACUUUGUAAUGGACUACAUACCAGGCGGUGACUUGAUGUCGCUGUUGAUAAAGCUGGGCAUCUUCGAGGAGGAACUGGCCCGGUUCUACAUCGCCGAAGUCACCUGCGCCGUGGACAGCGUCCACAAAAUGGGCUUCAUUCACAGAGACAUCAAGCCUGACAACAUACUCAUCGACAGGGACGGACACAUCAAACUCACCGAUUUCGGCCUGUGCACCGGCUUCCGAUGGACUCACAACUCGAAGUAUUACCAGGAGAAUGGAAACCACUCGCGCCAGGAUUCAAUGGAGCCUUGGGAGGAAUACUCGGAGAACGGUCCAAAGCCCACUGUGCUGGAGCGACGACGCAUGCGCGAUCACCAAAGAGUCCUGGCCCACUCCCUAGUGGGCACACCCAACUAUAUAGCGCCAGAGGUGCUGGAGCGAAGCGGAUACACGCAGCUUUGCGACUACUGGAGCGUGGGUGUGAUCCUCUACGAGAUGCUGGUGGGGCAGCCGCCCUUCUUGGCCAACAGUCCCUUGGAGACGCAGCAAAAGGUCAUUAAUUGGGAAAAGACGCUUCACAUACCGCCACAGGCAGAGUUAUCCCGCGAAGCCACGGAUCUGAUCCGACGACUUUGUGCCUCGGCGGACAAGCGACUAGGGAAGAGUGUGGACGAAGUUAAGGGCCACGACUUCUUCAAGGGCAUCGAUUUUGCGGACAUGCGGAAGCAGCGGGCGCCGUUCAUCCCGGAAAUCAAGCAUCCAACGGAUACGUCCAACUUUGAUCCUGUCGACCCGGAAAAGCUGCGCUCCAACGACUCCAACAUGAGCAGCGGCGACGACAUCGACCUGAACGAUCGGCAGUUUCACGGAUUUUUCGAAUUUACCUUUAGGCGAUUCUUCGACGACAAGCAGCAUCCGGAUAUACCGGAUGAUCAGGCGCCGGUCUACGUCUGAGGCUGAUUGUUAUCCCCACCCCGCCCCCAACCCACCACCAGCGCCCCCUCCCCCCACACUCAUUGUUAGUCAAAUAGUCACAAAAGAAAGAUGAAAUGUUGAGCGGGUUUUCGCGAGUGCGUGACUACAGAAUGAAAACUAUAUAUAUUAUAUAAAUUAUAGGAGAAAGUAGCGAAGCAACUACACAUAUACCUACAGAAUAUACAUAUAUCAUAGGUAUGCUUGAGAGCAUGAACUGAAUAAAUUUAAUAACGAAACAGAAUAGAAGCCCGGACCGCGGCCUUCUAGCUGGCAUACCAUCCUUUAUACUACUCCCAAAUCGUUAUGCAUUAAACUAUUGUACUGUUAGUGAAGAAAGAGGGACCAACUGGAAAAUGUUACCUUUCUGGUGCGUGCUCAAAGCUAAGCAACAAAAUGCCUUAAAACCGAAACGAGAUCGCGAAUUUACCCAAGUCCUACCCAUCACCAACCUUUCCUUCUCUUCCACCCUCCGAUCGAUGGUCCGUGGCUUCAACUCAGCAGGCUGGUUGGUCCACACCAUUGAGCAGCAGCUCCAUCCCACUCCUUGGUGGGAUUGAGGUGCGGGCGUCGGAGAUGCGGAGACCAAAAGUCGCACGGCAGCGAUAUAAGCGGGUCUUAUAAGCCUUAUCAAAACCUAAUCUAGGGGAAAAGAUCACAGUUCAGUGGCUUUCUGCCAAUCCAUCAAUCACUGCUCAUGGAAAAGUCUUCAAAUGUGUCCUCCCAUCACCUAUACCUAUACUAAAACGGAAAAGAACAAACUUAGAUAUACCUAUGUACACAUAUCUAGCAAUGUUAGACCAACUUGUUGAACGCCAAACCAAACUGUUUAGAUCCGCACGAAACGGAGAAGAAUUCAACACUAAUUCUCUACUAUGAACAGAUAUCGAGAAGUAAUCGAGACGAUGAAAGCUAUGGAAAUUGUAAUCUUUUUAAAUGUAACAUUGUAAAGCAAACGUUAAUUAUAAUUUAUGGUAAAGUUGUCUAGCGCCCUAAGAUGUUUUUUAGUUUAUAGAGACCGCUAACCAUAAUUUAGUUUAAUUUCUAACACUUAAGCGAGAGUACAUCAAUUUUUUUGUUUUUAGUAGGUUCGUUGGAAAUUGCUAAGCUGGAAACAAUUUGUUUUUCUAUUUAAUUAGCCUCAGUUUGUAUGUGCGUGUGUUUAUUACUAUGAUUAUAUAUCUACCUAAAUAUAUAUAUAUAUAAAUUGAAAAUAUUUUAAAUGUGAGAUGAGAGCGCAAGCAAAUUGAAAUUGAAUUGAUAUGAAAAACUCUGUGUGUGCCUUGGCCAAUUAGUUUACUAAAACAAAUUAAUAAAUGGAGAA